AUGGCCAACAGCGACGAUGAAGACAGCGCUGUCAGCUCUGAUGACAGCUUUGAUGGUGAAUUAGAGAUCUACACCCCCUCGGAGAUGCUUGCCAAGGGUCUGGGAUUUCUGGGAUAUACAGAAAAGCAGCUCAAUCGAAAGAACCUCUCCGAAGAAACCAAGCAAGACCGUCUUGUUUCUCAUUUCGGUGCUAACUCCUUUGUCUUGGCACAUCUCUGGGAAGAUCUGCAGAAAGCACCAAACAAAGAAGACCGCCUUGAUUCUGGAAAACGAAUUCUGAGGGACUACUUCCAAGCACUCUACUUUCUCAAGCUGUAUGAACCCGAAAAUCCUCGCGCAUCCCGCUUUCAGAUCUUUUCUGAAUGCGGGUUAGCCGACAAGCUUCGGAGGAUCAAAAAAAAGUGCAUUUCGGAUGGAGGAUAUCGAGGCUUUCCUGAUCUGGUAAGCACUCCCAACAAUGCAUAUGAUUUGCCGGAGGUCCAAAAAUUCAAGAGCAGAGCCCGUCUCCGCCAUGAGCGAUACAAUGGCAUGCUGAAGACAUUCCAUUGUCUCUCAGAGAGUUUUCGUCAUGGGAAAUCCCAUGCCGACUCCAAGGCGAAACUCUGCUCUUGCUUGGAGGCAGUGGCGGUCAUCGUCCAGUACAGGAUGGAGUACGGUGAACCCCUGUAUGAUAUUUAA